GCCCUUCCCAUAGGAAAAUCUCUGUUUUGGUUUGAAUUCAACCAACCAAAAGCAGGCAGAGGCGUAUUUAUCGUGAAAGAGGGAAGUAUGAAUUCUAUCAUUCGAUUUACACUUUUACAAUAAUUACUGAAAUAUGUUUUUAAAAACGAUUACCCGAUGAUUAUGUGUUUUGCCUUACGGAGUCAGAAGAAGAAAAAGAGUUCGUAAUGAAGUGAGUGUAAUGGCAGUUAACGUUACUAAAUAACGUAGCAACAGACGCCUAACUUAAAUUCGGAGCUCUUUAAAUCGCCAUUUUAUAAAAAAAAAACCGUUUUACCUAAUCGUGGCUGCGUAAUACACAACAAUGAAAGCAAUGAAAGGGGAGACUACCGAAAUAAAACAGAUUCGCGACGACAAAGAUCUCAAAUGUAGUCUUUGUAAGAGAUGUGACAACAUCCCAGAGAAGUAUGGAGAGAAGAUCACCCUUCAGCAGCAAAACCUAACAGUCCACUAUUUCUGUUUGCUGAUGUCUAGCGGAAUAUGUCAGAGAGGGGAGGAGGAUGAAGAUGUUCAUGGUUUUCUCGUGGAUGACAUAAAACAGGAGAUCCGCAGAUCUUCAAGGCUGAAAUGCAUGACAUGCAAAAAGGUUGGUGCUUCGGUGGGGUGCUCCAUCAAAAGCUGUCGGCAAAUGGUUCACAUGCCUUGUGGAUUGGAGCAGGGGUUUAUUUUCCAGUUCACAGACUUGUUUCCGUCUUUCUGUAAAAAGCAUGCACCCAGCCAGUCCUGCGUCUCCAGCCCCAGUCUGCCCCUCUCUUGUUCCAUCUGUCUGGAGCCCAUUGAACCCGUCCUCUCUUACAAUGUCCUCAAAUGUCCUGCAUGUCAUGGCAGCUGGUUUCACAGAAACUGUGUACAGCAUUAUGCGCACAGCGCUGCCAAGUUUUUCCUCAAAUGCACACUGUGCAAUAACAAGGACCAGUUUCAGCAGGAAAUGCUCAGAAUGGGAAUAUAUAUACCAGAGCGGGAUGCAGCAUGGGAACUUGAGGAAAACGCAUAUGAAGAUUUAUUGCAGGUGUACCAGCACUGCGAUGCUGUGAAGUGUCGCAGUCAAAAAGGUCGUAAAUACAGCUCACAGUCAGGGUCUUUUGAAAUUGUUCGUUGCAAGUUGUGCGGAUCCAGGGGAACUCAUCGAAAAUGUUCCAACGUUAAGCUUUACGAAACCGACUGGAUCUGUGCUGACUGUAAAACUGCCGUUGAGGAAAAAAAGUCAGUGUCAUUGACAAACUAUGCUGAAUCCCCACUAGCUAUAAGGCAAGAGAGGAAGAGGCUGUUUAAAAACAUCUCUGACCUUCACUCUUCACUCAUCAGUAAAAGGCAGUGUGUGCCUGCCACUUCUCCAGAGGUCUUAAUGGAUCUGGCCCAUCAGAUAUCACAGCAGCAGUCUACAGAGGUGCUAGUGGAAGAUGAUGAUGGGGUGACGGAAGCAGCUCUGCGGGUUCUGCGGCAAAGUGACUUUAAUCCCUGCUGCACACUUUCUGUGAAAUUCUCCAGAGACAAACAUAGCAACAACAUUAGGAAUCAGCAUCGCUUCCUCAGAUGUCUUGUUUCGAAACUGCACAAGUCAGAAAUCUUUGAAGGCCCUGAUGGAUCUAAAAACCUUUCUCUGAACUCAAAAGCUCUGAGGGAUGACCUCUACUUUGAAGUCGGCAGUCUGUUGGCUCUCUCUUUGGUUCAUGGAGGUCCUCCUGUGGGCUUCUUCUCUCCAGCACUGUACCAUAGUCUGUUUAACUACCCCACAAACUACAGACCUACUUUACAAGACCUUGGAGACACAGCUUUUGCACACAAAAUCAGACAGAUUGCAGAAGCAAAAUCAAUGAAGAAGCUGAGACAAGCAAUGCAAUCAGCGUCACAGUAUUUGGAAGCAGCAGGUUGCUGGCGAAAGAUCAGCAAACUCUCAGAGAAGGACGUGCUGGUGGAGGAUGUGCUAAAUUUCUACCUGAUCAUCAGACUACAGCUGCCUCUGCAAAGAUUUCGGGAAGGUUUGAGGACACUAGGACUGUUUGAGCAGGUUCAGAUGUGUACAGAGGCUUUCCACUCAGUCUUCUGUGGGCCUGUGGAGCGGCUGACUUCUGAAUCUGUCAUGGAACUCUUUACCAUCCGGUUUUCAGAUGAAAAAGACAAACAAGAAAAAGAAAAUACAACUCUACAUUUUUGGAAAAAGUAUCUGCAAGAGUGUGAAGAGGGUCUGUGUGCAGCAUCACUUGAGGACAUCCUAAUAUUUGCCACUGCUGCGGAUUUGGUUCCGUCCAUUGGAUUCCAUCCCACUCCAUCUAUUUCAUUCUUCAGCUUACCAGACCCCUUGUGUGCCUUUCCUAGAAGCCACUGUGAUGCCAAUCAUCUCGUUCUGCCAAUACUACCCUCAUAUGAGCUCUUCAAGAAACACUUGGAUUACACAGUGUGUCGAUUCUUAGUUAUGCAGAGCAUUUAAAAAACUCUUCUCCCGACUGGAUAUUUCAGGACAUUUACCUAAUGAUAUACAAUGGUGCUAAAAGUUUAUUUGAGGUUUUCAAGUAUUAUAUAAACAGUAUUUUUUAAAUCUCAUUCAUGUUAACAUUACUUGAUCACAGUUUGUUUUGUCACUUUAUUUUUCUGUAACCCAGGUGUUGCUUGUUCUUGUUAUUUUUCAGUAAAUUGGAAUCCCUCUACAAAAAAUAAAGACAGCUUUGCUUUGAGCCUCUCAGCACUCUUAGGAGUUCAGCUGCAAAGCAAUACGUGUUCUUAUCUUAGACUUGAUAAGACUGUUGUUUUUUUUUUUUUUAAAUCAAAAAAAGAAAAUAUAUAUGUGUUACUUUAGGUGCACAGUUUAGAAGUGUACAGGUAAUAGCUAGUAUAGUAACCAGAGUUUACUAUUGAAUCGUGUUCUGUCGAGCAGUAUAGGUAUUUAGCAGCAACAGGAAUUUGAUGUGAUUCGAAUUUUAUUUAUGUAUUUUGAAAACAGUGCACAAUAACAGAUUGCAAUGUUUUGGUUGCCACCAGAUGGUGCAAUUGCCCCCUUUUUGAUACACAUUGUCUAACUGCUGCCACUUCAUGUGAAUAGUUUGUUACUGAGUUGAAUGAUCGUAUCGUUUCUUUCCAGAGAUCUAUUUCAGAAUCAUACGCAAGCAAGAUUAAAAGCGUAUGAUAAUUUGCUAGCUACAUGUCAUAAUUUAUUAAACGUUUUACUGUUCUGUUA